AUGUCUGAGCCCGGUGCGAAUCCUGCAACAGCCUCAUCCAUGCCGUCGCCAAAUACGGUCACUGUCGAAGACGUCCCUUCCUCCAUCGAGGUUGAUGAGGCAUUCCUAACCGACGAUGCCUCCGCAAUUGAAGACCGACUCUCUUCGUAUACUGCGUCCUUGACCUCCAGUAUUAUCGACUACCCAAAGGAGUACGGCCGUCGAUACCAUGCAUACCGGUCCGGCUCGUACCAAUUCCCCAAUGACAAGAGGGAAAUGGACAGGCUCGACCUCAGCCAUUCCCUGGUGGUGAAGACGAUUGGCAGCCUCUUCCUGGCCCCUGUCGACACGGAAAAGACCCAUCGCAUCCUGGACGUGGGCACCGGCACGGGUAUAUGGGCAAUCGAGGUUGGCGACAUGUUCCCCAACGCGGAGGUUGUUGGUAUUGACUUGAGUGCCAUUCAACCGGAGUUUGUCCCGCCAAAUGUCAGAUUUGAGAUUGACGAUGCCGAAAGCGCAUGGGUCGGUCCUUCGUACGACUUCAUCUUCUUAAGGUACCUUGCCUUAUCCAUCGCCGACUGGCCAAAGCUCGUGAACAACAUCUAUACAAACUUGAACAACAACAGGUAG